AUGAGCCCCGGGGGCGCGGGCUGCUCCAACGGGCUGCUGCUGACCGUGGGCUGGCUUCUCCUGGCGGGCCUCCGGUCCGCGUGUGGGACGAACCUCACUGCCGUCCAGGAUCCCAGCUUGGCCCCCGAGGGCGAGGGCGAGAAUGAGGGCGAGGAGGAGGCCGAGAACGAGGCCGAGGCUGAGAGCGAGGCCCAAACUCUGCCAGAGGAGGAUGUUUCAAAUAAUACAGCAGUCAAAGAAGUAGAAUUUGGGAUGUGCACCGUUACAUGUGGUGAAUCCAAGUGUAUUGUACGGGUGGAAGAAUGCCGUGGACCAGUAGAUUGUGGCUGGGGUAGACCAAUUUCAGAAAGUCUUGACAGUGUUAGAAUGGCAUGUACUCAUAUAUCUCCUGUAAAUCGUUUCAAAUAUAUUUGGAAACUUCUAAGGCCAGAGCAACAACCUGUUAUCCUUGCAAAUGACUCAGCAAUCCUGGAAGUACGCAGGGAAGUUCGCCCCUUGGUUUUCGAGUGUGCCACCUUGGAUAAUAAUGAAAUAGUAGCAUCUAUUAAAUUCACAGUCUAUACAACAAGUGAAUUGCAAAUGAAAAGAUCAAGCCGACCAGACACUGAUGCAGUCCUAGUUUUUGUGCUGACCAUAGGAGUUAUUAUCUGUAUAUUUGUGAUCUUUGUACUGAUAUUCAUAAUUAUAAACUGGGGGGCAGUCAAGUCUUUCUGGGGGGAGAAAUCCUCAUCAACUGAGAUACCGUCUGAGCUGAGCUUAGUGAGAUACAAAGAUUCAACUUCUCUUGACCAAUCACCAACAGAAAUACCUGGAACUGAAGAUGAUGCUUUAAGUGAAUGGAAUGAAUGA